CAACUCAUACCUUGCCUGGCUAAUCACCACCCAAUGGCAUUGCAGCCGUUUAGCGACGAACAGUUAAAUUUCUUCAAGUUUGCGUCCUUGGUGUUAAAUGAAUUCCCCAAAGCCUUACGGCAGACCUUCAAAACCAUGUGGGACAACACCUAUGGACAUCGCCCUGGUUUCCAGUUCUGGGAUGAUUCCUCUGCUGUCAGAAAAAUGUUCGACUCUGAAGAAGCAAAAAGCGGCAAGAAGACUAAAGUUCCUGUUCUUCAGUCUUACAACGAAUGGGAUUGUACCAACCUGUUCCAGGCUACUAUAUUUGCGCGGUCUUUUGCCUCAGUGAUUGCCUCAUCAGCCAGUACAGGCUCUUACACGACACUCAGUGAUUUGUACGUGAAGCGCUGUGUAGUACCUUAUGGUAGUUUUCACGCAUGUGUGGUCAGCCCUGGUGGAAACAAUGAGGAGACCUUUGCACUUGCAAUUGAUCAGCUUCGUCGUCUUAGAAAUUCGCUCUGUCACUCCACCAGUGAUGAGAUGGACAAAGCGACGUUUGACCAGCGCGCGAAUUACGCCAAAGUUGCGUUUCAAGCCCUCGGUGUUCCAACAGCUCCAAUCGACGCACUUAGUAGUUUGACGGAGUCGGACUUCCCCACAAAUAAGGUUUGUCAAUUGGAAAAGAGAAUAAAAGAAGAGACUCGGGAAUACAGCAAGUUCCUUGAGGAAAUGAGUUCAGAUGUCAUAGAGAUGAAGACGCUGUUGAAUGCUAUUAAGCAAACUGCUGACAAUACCGCUAACAAAGAAGACAUCGCUAUGUUAGAGCAGAAGAUUGCUAAGUUGCAAGUAACCCAACUUGAAAGUGAAUCUAAAUUGAAGUCUACAGGUAGGUUAACUUUUUAAUGGACGACCAGGGCACUGAUAUUUUUUUCAGGGUUAAUAAAGCGAUCAAAGUACAAUAGCGUGUUAGGAAAAAAAUUGAGUCCAAUGAUACCACUCUUAUCGCAAGUGGCGCAAGAUCAAAGUGAAGAAGACAGGUAUAUGUUAACUUCUUUCUAUGUCACUCGAUCGGUAGGCAUAAACAAAAGGAAGAGUUGUGAGUUACAGAAACGAAUAGCGGUUUGGUAAAGGACUACGAAUUUUAUUUUGCUUUUAUGUCACUUUUAAAAAUACGAAAACAGAUUUUUACUUUUACAGGUUUGAGACCAUCGCUAUCCAUACCUUCUCUUCCUGCAAUGGUUCCUUAUUUUACUGGACGUCAAAGCGAAUGCGAGGAGAUUACGGGCUAUGUGACUUCUGAAUCUACUCGGCUCGUGUCGAUCUGGGGUUCACCUGGAUUCGGAAAAACAUCGGUUGCGAUUGCGGUGGGACACGAUCUCCAGUCUAAAGGCCUACCGGUCUGUUGGCUUUCAUUACGUGAACUGAAGUCCAAAACAGAUCUGACUUCAAAGCUUCUAAGCUUUGUUAAGCCAUCUGUCAGAGAUGACCAUCCAUCCUUUUCGCAUCCAUCCCUUGAUGAUCAGCUUUGCCUUCUUUUAAGCGAAAUUUCCCAUCGAUCUAUUUUCAUUCUUGAUAAUGCUGAUAAUUUAUUGGAAGAUGGUGUGCCAGGCGUGAAGAAAGAGGUCAUAGGACUUUUGAAAGAAAUGCUCAGGCGAAGUAAGGCAACCAUAUUUGCUCUAACCACGAGAGAGUCCCUACGUUUUCUGAAUGUGGAUUUGCAAGGUCACGAGAGUGUAAGAAUCAGACCGUUGGAUGAAGACUCUGCAAAGACUUUAGUAAAAGCCCUUCUUCCAACCGCAACUCCUUCAGAUUGUACCCGAAUCCUGCAAAUCUGUGGAUUUGUACCCUUUGCAAUAAAGUUAUUGUGUUCCUCAAUUUCUGAAGGUGAGGCUGAACCAAGCCAGUACCUCGAUGAAUUCAUGCAGUUUGCCUCCACAGCAAGUAUCGCCGAGAUGUUAGACAGGCCAGAUUACCCAGACGAGUACAGAUUACAGUCUCUUUUUGAGUUAUCUUUUAAGAGGUUAACUGCACAAGAGGAAAAAGCACUAGUUUCAUUGAGUAUUCUUCCAGAGAAUUUUGGUACGGAGAUCACUGCUGCUGUUUUAGACGAAAGCAAUUUUCAGGCCAAGAAGUUAUUGCUGAGCCUUCGGAGAAAGUCCCUUAUCGAUUCAGGUGAGAAACAGGAGUCAUUUACGAUGCACAAGCUGCUACAAUCAUUUGCAAGAGAAAAAGGAGAAAACGAAAUGAAAGACACGAUCCUUAAAUCAAAGGACCGAUUGAACGCAUUUUACGUGUCACUUUUUCACAAGCUAAAUGAGCAGUUUCUCACUGGUCAUUCAAUGACGGCGUUUCUUCAAUUCUAUGAAGAUGAGCGAAGUAUUAUUCAAAGCCUUUUAUAUACGCUUGCGGAUGCGAAGACAGCUGGCACUGUUUUUGAUGUGUUAGCUAGGGGAGAGUUGUUUCUUGAUACUCUCUUUUUAAAAGAAGGAUCAACCUUUUACCUGAUAUACGAUUCGGCAAUAGAGGCUGCGAAGAGGUUUGAGAGAACCGAAUCUUACAGUCGAUUACUUGUUUCAAAGGCGUUUGGAGAAGCAUAUUGGGGUGCAAAGGGAAGUACGGUGCAGUUGCUUUGUAGAGCAAAGGAAGCUGAAGCUUCACAGCCUCCAAUUUCCAUGUCAGAACUACAGGGAAAACGUCUGUGUUAUUUAGGUCUCACUCACCUUGUUAACGGCAAUACUGAAGAUGGAAUUCGGAAUUUGAAAGACGCUCUUCAGAUGUUGAGUGGAAGUCCAGAUCAGAAAAAUCUUACACUUAUUACUCUUCAAAUUCUUGCAAUGUUUUGCCGAUUUCAAAACACUUCAAAGGAAUUAAAUGAAUUACUUUGCAAUGCAUCGGGAGAUAAAGACCAACUGCUGGUGUUAUCUUUAAAACAAGGGGAGGGAAGGUGGAAACUUAGCAAUCUGGCAGAAAAUCAAAGAGGCGUUAUCGGCGUUUCUGAUCACCCCUUAAAACUGGCAAUGAUAAAUAUUGUAAGCCAGACAACGCAAAAUUUCAUUGAUGGUGACACUAAACAAUGUCUUACAAAUAUUUUACAUGAAAUGCUGAACGAGAUCGAAAGAGAGGAGCAUAUCUCCACAGGUGUCUGUAAAUUUCAUUGGCUUCUUCUGUCUGUUUUAGCUCAAAUGGAAGACACCACAUUACAGUGUCAAAUGAGAAUUAGUUUCCAUCAAAAAGCGCUGGAUCGGUGUUGUGAAAACAAUCCCUUCUACCGGUUACACAACGAGGCACUUGCAGCGUGCUACGAAGUCCUUGGAAACACUCAGCAUUCAUCUGGAGACUUCAACGCAGCACUAGAUUCUAGACAGCAUGCACUUGACAUCCGCCUUAAACUGUUUGGAGAAGAACAUGCAAACACUGCCAAUAGUUAUCAUAACCUUGGAACCACUCAACAUUCACUUGGAAACUUCAACGCGGCACUAGAUUCUAAACAGCAUGCACUUGACAUCUGCCUUAAACUGUUUGGAGAAGAACACGCAAGCACUGCCAAUAGUUAUCAUAACCUUGGAGCUACUCAACAUUCACUUGGAAACUUCAACGCAGCACUAGAUUCUGAACAGCAUGCACUUGACAUCCGCCUUAAACUGUUUGGAGAAGAACACGCAAACACUGCUAAUAGUUAUCAUAGCCUUGGCAUCACUCAACAUUCACUUGGAGACUUCAACACAGCAUUAGAUUCUGAACAGCAUGCACUUGACAUCCGCCUUAAACUGUUUGGAGAAGAACACGCAGACACUACUAAUAGUUAUCAUAGCCUUGGCAUCACUCAACAUUCACUUAGAGAGUUCAACGCAGCACUAGAUUCUAAACAGCAUGCACUUGACAUCCGCCUUAGACUGUUUGGAGAAGAACACGCAGACACUGCUAAAAGUUAUCAUAGCCUCGGCAUCACUCAACAUUCACUUAGAGACUUCAACGCAGCACUAGAUUCUAAACAGCAUGCACUUGACAUCCGCCUUAAACUGUUUGGAAGACACGUAUGUACUUCUGAUAGUUUUCUGAGCCUUAUCACCACGCAGUUUUCACUCACCAACGCCGCUCUAGAUUCUUUUUUUACGGCACACAGGUAA